CCAAGAUACGGUUUUGGAGGCAUUGAGUUCAUUGAUAUUGUCGAAUCCCUUGUGUUGAACUCCUUUGCUUCCAAUAUUCCUUGACAGCUGAAUCAAGAACCAAUAAUGUCCCGAUUUGAGUCUCGUGCCUCGGCCUACAUUGGGAUUCUUCUACCUACAUGUAGAAAUACGAUACGACAAGCAAGAUGCUUUCACCCAACUUCUAUCCCAAAGGCCCGACCAAUUGCUAGAGCAUCGCCGAAAACCAGAGCCAGAUUGCAGCAACAAGAAGGCUCGAUCAGAGUGAGGCAAGCACCAAACAUUGAAGACUCUCUACCACCAGUUGUCCUUCUCAAUUCGGCAAGAAAAUCCGGUCUUCUUCAAAUAGAGCCUGAAAAAGCCCUCGAUUUUCUUCGUCAAUACCAACAGCUAGCUGUAAACCCAGUUGGCUCAUGGGAGCAAACAUUAUGUAAUCAACAUAACAUCGACCCUGCUACUGUCGCUACCCUUGCUGGGAUUCUGAGAAGAAGCCAUGAUAAGGCACAGCAGGUGUUAGCCAAAAAGAUUAUGCUGACGGCUUCCGCUCUGGGAGACAAAUCGGCGACUCUGGAGAUCAUAUCAGCUGCCCUCCGUUUAGGUAAAUUACAUGAUUAUCCCGCGCCUCUUCGACAACUUGGUAUCCUUGCAAAGAAAGAGAAUGAUCUGCCAGCCUUAACCUUUCUCGGCAAAGUACACAAUGCCCAUGGUGAUAAGAGAGGAGCAUUGGAAUGCUUUCGAAAAGCUACCAGACCUCCAACUGGCAAUCUCGAAUUCUAUGGAGCUGGAGAUGCUCUCGUGUCUGAGGGGCUGAUUCUCUUGGAAUUGAAAGACAAGGAUGGUGCAGAGACUGCAUUUGAGAAAGCCGCUUUGGAACUUGAUGACCCGGCAGCUUAUUUCUAUCUUUCAAAACUCCAAGAGCCAGGUUCUCCUCAAGAGCAAAUCUAUCUCCUCAAGGCAGCUUCAUCAGGUAUCACAGAGGCGUGGCAUAAUCUUGGAGCACUAGAAAUGGCAAAACGAAAGGAUACAAUAACGAAGCCGAGCAAAGUGGAAGACUUCGGAAUGGCGUACGAUUGGUUUCAAGUCGCUGCUACAGAGGGAUUUGGACUAAGUAUGCUGAACUUAGCGUUGAUGUACAAGUCCGUGGGAAAUGUUGAAGAAGGAAUGACAUGGUUGGAGAAAGCUGAAGAGAACGCGGAUGUUCGAGACCAAGCAAGAGCGAUAAAAGCAGACUUUCGAAACAGCAAUGUGGGCGCCAUAUGAUACCGGGCAAAGGCCAGCAUUUGGAUAUUUCGGCUGAUUCAUCCGCGGCUCAUGCACUGUUGCACAUGGUCGGCCUUUUAUUCUGUCAAGAAGACGGACAUGAGUCGUUAAGACUCUCUAUUUUCUCGAGCUCUACGGGUCAAGGGCUUUGGCAUUGAUCGU